UUUAUUCACUUGGAAUACUUUGUGCAAAGAGGUACGCGGUCGAUCGAGCAAGAUGAACGGCAAGUUGUUGGCUUUCAUUGUCUUUUGCAGUGCCGUGCUUCUCACCGAUGCCAUUAUUGUGCACGAUGAUGAAGUCGAUUACCCAAGCCGGGAAAGGCAUUACGAUACUAGCCAGGGACAAGAGCGACGACGAGAUGAUGGACCGACGCUGGACGCUGGAAAUCCUCGUGCGAACGGAUUAAACUUUCACGAGGUCGAUGCAUUUGGCGAUGAUUUUGUCGACUUUGGCGCACAAACGGGACCGUACGGUGCGUUCACGUGGCACGCCAACUUUCCCAUCGAGGAACAGCGAUAGGGCGAAUAGUAGAUAAAGUUCAGGUUGGACGAGUUUUUAUUAUUUAAAACGUAAAUUUUAUUGGAUUCUUCAUUGAUCUUCCGCGCGUGCUCUAUCUCUCUCUCUCGCUCUCUCGCUGUUUCCGGUAGACAUGAAUCAGGACUAAUGCGGUUGAGGGGGGUUUGGAUUUUCUUGCCUGAUGAUUCCUGUGCUGUGUUUGUUAUUUGAUUCAGUAUUACUUGCACAAUUUCGUACAGCUGCUUCCAUCUGAUGCCGGGGCAAAGCUACGGCAAGCCAUCCGUCGUCCUCUCGUAUAAGCAUAUUUUCCACAUUGUGUCCAUUUUUUCCACCACCUUACCACAAGCACGCCACACUACUAGCUUUUAGUCAAAUGCCUAUUUUGUGUUGCCAACAGCCCGACACAGCCCGGCACACCUACCCUAGCGGGGUCGUCAGUUAGAAGUGUCUUGAAUGCGCAUGCAUUGCCAAGCAACAAGAGAGCAUUUCAAUGCGCGAUCAUAAGAUCAUGAUCUCCAGGAGCAUGGCGUGGCGUAGAGGGAGGAGUUUCUGCCACAAGCAGGCAUUCUAUCUGUACUUCACAAAGGCGCAACACGACAUUACGGCUAUGAAAUCCUGUUUGGAAAAGAAGACAAGCACUAAAUGUUCUAAGCUCAACAGCUAAAUACAGAUACACACUACAAUCGAGCGAGCGAGAGAGAGAGAGAGAGAGAACCUUGAUGACCAACCCACCUACAACCGAUGACCAUCCUCGUGGCCAGCCUAACAGCUCCGGGUGACCAAAGUAAGGAACAGAAUGCACAACUUCACGAAGCCUCUGCGCGGGGGCCCCUCUUUAGGUUCAGGUUGUUACGUUUUUAUUUGCUGUUGUAUGUGUGUGUGUGUGUGUGUAGUGAAGCUAGCGAAUGAUAUAACCAUUCCCUGGGUAAGCCCUGCGCCUCUGCUAGCAUUGCCAGCUCGUUAGAGCUUUUUAAUAACAUACGCGCUGCUUGUUGAUUGAUUGAAUUCUAGUCUUCUAGCUGUAUCCGCCCUCUCGCCAAAAAUUUCUCACGCACGCACGACUAACAACCCGAGCGCGUCAGCAACACAACACAAGCCCACAAGACGGGCACCCUCCUCCACUCCACAAACAAUAGAAUGCGAAAAGAAGAGAGAAGAAAAGCAUGUACGAGUGGGGAAGAUCGAUAGCGAUAGCCGACCGGGUGGGUGCCCUUAAUUAACACCCCCCCCCCCCCCCCAACAGUUCGCGAUCAGCUUACAAAAAAAAGGCAAAGAGAACAAAGCUUUUGCUGACACAAAUGCUUGCAUAUGUUUUUAUUAAACCAAUCGGUUUUGUUGUAUGGAUCAUGCAGCGAAACAAUACGGCGAGAGGGACCCUACGUUCCUGUAUCCGCGGUCAUAAAUAGAACUUAUUAUUUCCCUUAGCCGUAAAAUCCUUCCCCAUCCAUCCCUCGCUCUCUCGCUCUCGCUCUCUCUAUCGCACGCGCGUGUAGAAUACGGUAAACUAAAGCCCUUCUGUAUGGCCGUCCCCUAUUACUGCCAAGUCGCAACCUAA